AUGGAUUGUGUCGAGUAUUUCAUAUCAUGCGAAAUAUUCAAAGAAAUUUUAGAAUGCGUUCAGUAUUUGCAUGAAUCGAAACCACAGAUCAUUCACAGAGACCUCAAACCCGAAAACAUAUUGAUUGUAAAGAAUGUAAGGAACGGCAGAUUUUUGAAGUUAUGUGACUUCGGUUUAGCUACAGUUCACGACAAACGCAUUCACGACAGAACUUCACAAAAACAUACCCCAGAUAUUGGAGACUACAGAUAUGUAGCCCUGGAAAUUCUCGCCAUCAUACACGGGAACAAAUGAAAUUCUAAACUCACCAGUGUCAGAAUUAUACAAACUAUUGUCUUCAAUGAUUUUAUUGAAUUGGACUAAAAGGCCGGAAUGUAGUCAAGUGUUGGGUAAAUAUGAAGAGUGGGCUAUCAAUAAGAAUAUUCUUACAAAUGAUACAGAGUUUGAUUCAAAAAUGAACCUCCUUCGCGAAAAUAUUAAUCCUUUUUUCUAUGAGUUCUUAUCAUUAAAAUUGCAAUAAUAAAAUAAUAAUUAUUGUAAAAUAUUAUAUACAGAUAAUAACUUAAUUACGAUUAAAGAACUUAAAUAAUAAAAACGGUGUAUCGAUACGAAUAUAUAAUAUUUAGCUAAGAUACGGAAGAUUAGUUAAUUUGAUAUAUUGUGAUACAUUUAUAAUUUUUAAUGAUUUUAUUUUGAUGCCGAUUUUGGAAAUUGAAUUAAUUAAAAAUAUUUAUUUUUAAAUGUUAAUA